AUGUCUAAUACACAUAUUUUGUAUGGUAUCUAAUUAUUAUUAGAUGUGGGCAGGCUUUUGGGUUUGAUGAAGAACAUUACCCAGAUAAAAAGUUUAUGAUUAAUGUUGUAUUUAUAUUGAAUUUUUCCCAUCAACUGUUUAAAGUUCGAUACAACACUGUGUAUCAAAGAUCUUAAGUAAAUUCUUUCAAAAUGUAUUAGUAUCAUACAAUUUUCAACACAUCCCUCAUAGUAAAUAAGCUUAUGGUUAUUUUAAAAGAUCGAGAACAUAGCCUAUUGUGUAUAAGAAAUCACUCUCUUAAAUUAAGUUUUGAACAAGAAAAUAGAUUUUAAAAAAACCAAAUAUAAAAAAUAAAUUCAAGAGUUUGA